AUGCGGUCGGUUCUGGCGUUGGCCUGCGAUGAUCAUCGUCUCUCCGAUGAACUCAGAGACAUCGCUUCUGAUCUGCGCUCAACGAACACCGUUCUUCCCAAACCAAGGGAAAAGAGUGAAGAACUGAAGCUGAGAUUGCUUAAGCUGAGAGAAAUAGCGGAGAGGAAGGAGUAUGCUGAGCUUGUUAAAGAUAUAACACCUAGGAAACAAGUCGAAGAGCCUUUCUCUUCUUACAAAGACCAGCUCGGUUUUGGUUUACACGUCUGUCUUACCAUGUUUAGAGGAUAUCUGGUUGGCUACGCUUCAUUCAGAGCUUUGUUCAACCAUAACCCCGGUCUGAGUGCUGCUGGUGGGAUUCUUGGACUAGUUUUGGCGAUGCUUGUGGAAACGCUUCUGUUUAUAAUCAAAACAUCUAAAGAUGAUCAGAUUCAGAGCUCUAAAUUAUCGUCAUCAUUCACUCCCACUAUUAAAAAGAAUCAAUAG